UCGGUGCAGUCGUCACUCCCGUCUGGGUACCUGCUCCCCGGUGUCCUGCGCCCGGCGGGCUGGCGUCAGGCCCGAGGAAAGCGGAGCAGUAGUUCCGUGUGGCACUGUUUGGCAAGGCAAGGGAAGAAGGAGAGAAGAAAACUGCACGGGAUCUGUGGAGGUCUUCUCGUAGGCCUACAGUAGGGCUGUUUACCACUGGAAGCCAGGGAAAGGGGAAGACUGGCUUGGAACCAUGAAGGUUGGUUUGAAGGUGGGCAGCACUUGAGGAUAACAAGAGGAUCUGCCUGCAGGUCUGCUCUAGGGCUUGAGAUUACUGGAAGCAAAGAAACAAGGACGAAAUUGCCCCUGAUCAGUAUAGACUGGUCCACAGAUCUCAUGAGUUAAUAAGAUCUACUUUAGGGUAUAUCACCAAUCAAGAGAAAGAAAGAGGAGGGAACUGCCUUGAUCAUUACAGGUCCACCUCCAGUGGCAGCUGUAGUGGCCUUUAAGUGGCUGAAGACCAGCGCCCUCACAGGCCUACACCCAGACCUACACCCUCUUUCCCCAUCCUGACUGAGCCCUCAUACCUUGUUUGUGCCUUCAGUAGGGGUGAUUACAUGGGUCGCAUUCAGGAAGUGGGCUGGGUGACUGCAGGACUGGUUUUCUGGGCUGGCACCUGCUACUACAUUUACAGAUUAACCAAAGGAAGAGCCCAGAGCGUGAGGAGACUUGGCAGAAAUGGGUCCAGAGUCAAGAUGGAGGCUGUGGCUGGGGUGCAGAACCAGACCUUGGCCACGAGUGAAGCCAUGGUUGGGAUGAAGACUGAGACUAGCCCCAAGGCCAAGACUGGAACAAAAACUGAAGCAGGAGGUAGGGCUGGGGCUGAAGUAGAGAUUACCACCACUGUUAAAGCCAGACCCAAAGCCAUCUCUCAGGCCAAGACAAUGGCUGAGGCAGAGGCAGAGGCAGAGACCCAAUCUGAGGCCAAAGCAGUGGUCAGAACAGUGGACAUGACAGAGGCAAUGGCUCUGGCUGAGGACCAGGUCAAAGCCGGGGAAGUGGCUAUGAAAGAGGCCGUAACCCAAACUGACUCUGAGGCUGGGAGAGUAGUCAAAAAAGAGGCUGUGACUCAGACCAAGGAUAAAGCUUGGGCACCAGUUGCCAGGGCAGAGACCAAGAAAGAAGUAACGACCCAGACCAAAGUGGAGGCUCGUAUACUGGCUGAAAAAGAGACGAACAGAGUAAUGGUGACACAGAGUGAGGCCUUAGGAUUGAUCAGGGAAGUGGCCAAGAUGGGUGCCAUAAAUAAGACUGGAAUUGUGGCUGAGACCAAGGAAAGAGCCCUGGAAGGGACUGUGAGUGUGGUCAAGUCUCAGUCUGAAGCCAGGCCUGGUAACAUAGUUGAUGCUAAGGGAAAUCCUAAUACCGUGUCCAGGGCAGAAGUUGGAGUGGACAUGAGGUCCUGUGCACCAUCUCAGGCUGUGACCAAGAUCCAGGUCACCAACAUGCUUGGUUCUGGGGUUGAGGUCAAGGGGAAUCACAAAACCGGGUCUUGGGCAGAGUCUAGGGCAGACACAAGGGUUUCAGUCCAGCCUCAGAUUAUAGCUAAGACUGAGGCUGAGGCUAUGCUUGGGGCAAAGGUUGAUUCUGGGGGUAAUACCAAUGCCAUGUGUAAGGCAGGGGCAGGAGCAGAUAUGAGAAUUUCUACACAACCUCAGACUGUGGCCAAGAAACAGGCUGAGGUAGUGUUUGGUGCCAGGGUUGAUGACAAGGGAAAUACCAAUGUCACAUCUAAGGCAAUGACUGGGGCUAACAUGAGGGCUACUGCUCAGACUCAAGCUAUAGCCAGUGCUCAGGCUAAGGCUAUGCCUGAUGCCAGGGUUAAAGGUAGAGGCAAUUGCAAUGCUAUGUCGAUAACAGGGGCCAGGGCAAACUUGAAGGCCAAUUCCCAGGCUGAGGCCUUGCCUGAUGCCAGGAUUAAGACCAGAGACAAUGCCAAUGCCAUGUCUAAGAUCGGGGCUGGGACAGAUGUUGAGCUCUGCACACAGCCUCAGACUCUGGCCGCCAUCCAGGUUGAUGCAUUACCUGAUGGCGUGAUUAAGGCUAAAGGUAGUGCCAAUACCAUGUCUAAGGAAGGGCUUGGAACAGACACAAAUGCACAGUCUCAGGCUGCCACCAAGAGCCAGGUUGAGACCUUACCUGGUACUAGAGGUAAGGCUAGGAGAAAAGCCAAAAGCAAGUGUAAAGCAGGAGUUGGGAUAGAAAUGAAAAUGUGUGUGCAACCUCAGGUUGGGACCAAGACCCAAGAUGAUGCUUUACCUGAUUCCAGGGUUGAUGGCGAGAGUGAUCCUAAUGCCAUUUCUAGGUCAGGGGCUAAGGCAGAACCAAAGACCUGUGGUCAGCCUCAGACUAUGGCCAAUUCCCAGGGUGAGGCCUUGCCUGGUGUCAAGAAUAAGGUCAGGAGCAAUCCUAAUGCUAUGUCUAAGUCAGGAACUGGGCCAGAUGCAAUGGGCUCUGCCCAGCUCCAUGCUGUGACCAAUUUCCAGGUUGAAGCCUCACCUAAUACUAAGAAAAAUGUCAGGGUCAGUCCCAAUGCUAUGUCUAAGAUAGGGACUGGGCCAGAUUCAGUAUGUUCUUCCCAGCCUAAAACCGAUACAACAAGCUUUGCUCAGCCCCAGACUGAGGCCAGUUUCCAGGAUGAAGCCUUGUCGGGUACUAAGAAUAAGGUCAAGGACAAUUCUAGUGUUUUGUCUAAGACAGGGGUUGGGCCAGAUACAGUGGGCUCUGCCCAGCUCCAGGUUAUGGCCAAUGUUCAGGGUGAAGUCUUAUCUGAUACUAAGGUCAAGGACAAUCCCAAUGCUGUGUCUAAGGCAGGGACUGGGCCAGAUGCUAUGUGUUCUGUCCAGGGUGAAACAGAUACAACAAGCUCUGCUCAGCCCCAGGCUGUGGCCAAUUCCCAAGGUGAAGUCUUUCCUGGUACUAAGAAGAAGGUCAGGGGCAAGUCCAAUGCUGUGUCUAAGGCAGGGGCUGGGCCAGGUACAGUGAACUCUGCCCAGCUCCAGGCUGUGGCAAAUUCCCAGGGUGAAGUCGUGUCUGGUACUAAGAAUAAGGCCAGGGGCAAUCCCAGUGCUGUGUCUAAGGCAGAGGCCAGGGCAGAUUCAAUGGGCUCUGCCCAGCCUCAAACAGAUACAACAGACUCUGCCCAGUCCCUGGCCGUGGCCAAUUCCCAGGGUAAAACCUUGCCUAGAAUCAAGAAUAAGGUUAAGGGCAGGUCCAAUGCUGUAUCUAAGACAGGGGAUAGGCCAGAUACAGUGGGUUCUGCCCAGCUCCAGGCUGUGGCCAAUUCCCAGGGUGAGGCCUUGUCUGGUAAUAAGACCAAGGUCAGGGGCAAUCCCAAUGUUGCGUCUAAGGCAGGGACUGGGUCAGAUGCGAUGUGUUCUGCCCAAGAUGAAACAAAUAUAAUAGGGUUUGCCCCGCCCCAGGCUGUGGCCGGUGCCCAGGGUGAAGUCUCAUCUGGUACUAAGAACAAGGUCAGGGGCAAUCCCAGUGCUGUGUCUAAGGCAGAAACCAGAGCAGAUGCAUUGGGCUCUUCUCAGCCUCAAGCAGAUACAACAGACUCUGCCCAGUCCCUGGCCAUGGCCAAUUCCCAGGGUGAAGCAUUGAGCAGUAUCAAGAAUAAGGUUAGGUGCAAUCCUAAUGCUCUGUCUAAAGCAGGGACUGGGCCAGAUACUGUGGGCUCUGCCCAACUCCACGCUGUGGCCACUUCCCAGUGUGAAGCCUUGCCUGGUAUGAAGAAUAAGGUCAGCAGCAAUUCCAAUGCUGUGUCUACAGUAGAGGCCAGGACAGAUACAAUAAGCUUUGCCCAGCUUCAGGUUGAGUCUAAUUCCCAGGGUGAAGCCUUGCUUGGUACCAAGAGUAGGGUCCGAUGCAAUCUUAGUACUUUGUCUAAAGCAGAUACUGGGCCAGAUACAGUGGGCUCUGCCCAGCCACACACUGUGACCAAUUUCCAGGGUGAAGCCUCGUCUGGUACUAAGAGUAAGGUCAGGGGUAAUUCCAAUGUCAUAUCUAAGGCAGAGGCCAGGGGAGAUAUAACAGGCUCUGCCUGGCCCAAGGCUUUGGCCACUUUCCAGGGUGAAGUUUUGCCUUGUACUAAGAAUGUCAGGGGCAAUCCCAGUACUGUGUCAAAGGCAGAGAUUCGGACAGAUACAAUGGGCUCUGCCCAGCCUCAAACAGAUACAACAGGCUCUGUGCAACCCCUGGCUGUGGCUAAUUCCCAGCAUGAAGUCCUAGCUGAUACUAAGAGCAAGGUCAAGGGCAACCCCAGCGAUGUGUCUAAAGCAGGGAUUGGGCCAGAUACAGUGGACUCUGCCCAGCCCCAGGCUGUGGCCAAUUCCCAGGGUGAAGCCUUGCCUGGUGUCAAGAAUAAGGUCAGAGGCAAUCCCAAUGCUAUGUCUAAGGUAGAGGCCAGAGCAAAUACAACAAGCUUUGCCCAGGCUCAGGCUGUGUCUGAUUCUCAAGGUGAAACCUUGUCUGGUGCCAGGAAUAAGGUCCAGGGUAAUGCCAGUGCUGUGUUUAAGGCAGGCACUGGGCCAGAUAUAAUGUGUUCCACUCAGCCUCAAACAGAUAAAACAGGAACUGCCCAACCCCAAGCCAUGUCUAAUUCCCAAGGUGAAGUCUUGCUUGGUGCCAGAAAUAAGGUCAGGGACAAUCUCAAUGCGGUAUUUAAGGUGGGGGCUGGGCAAGAUACAGUAGGCUCUUUUUCACCCCAGGCUGUGGCCGUUUCUCAGAGUGAGGCCCUCCUUGGUGCCAGAAGUAAGAUCAGGGGAAAUGCCAAUGCUGAGUCUAAAGUAGAGGCUGGGGCACAUAUGACAGCCUCUGGCCAGCCUCAAUCUGUGGCCCAUUCCCAGAGUAAGAUCAUGUCUGAGAAAAAGGACAAGGCUGUCCCCAAGUCUGAAGCAGAAGCCACAGGAGAUGAGGCCUAUGCAAAGCCCAAGGCUGAGAUCAUGGCCACUCCUGAGAGUGGGGGUGGGACAGGCACUCAGGCCUGCAGAAAGACUCAGCCUAGGGUUCAUGACUAUUACUGGAGUGAGAUUGGUAUUGAGGAUUGGAUUGCUUCUGAGCGAUGGAUCAAAUUUAGGUUUCAGGCCAGGGAUGGAUAUUGGGAGAAUAGCAUGUCCUGGGCUGAUGAUGAGAAUGAAGCCAGUAUUGAGUCCUGGAGUGGGGCUGGUGAUAACUCUGAUAUGAGGUCCUGGGCUGGGGCUAAGGCUGUGAAUGAAGUUGGUUUUCCAUCCUGGGCUGCAGCUGGGAACCAGGCCUGUGGGGUUUGGUUUGGGAGUCAGGCCACUGAAGAGUCCUGGGCUAGGAGCAAGGCCAUUGGGGGUUCUUUGUUAGAGGCUGAGGACAUGGCCAUUGGAGGAUCUUGGGCUAGCACUGGGAACGAGACUAUUGGGGAGCCCUGGGCUGGAGGUCAGGCCAGUGGGGUGUCCUGGACUGGGGAACAUACCAUUGGAGGGUCCUGGACUGGAGCUGAGGAACAGGCCAGUGGAAGGUCUCAGGAUGGGGCUGGGAUUCAGGCUAAUGGAGGGUCCUGGGCUGAAGCUAGAGCUGGGAGUGUGGCUAGUAUUGGGUACUGGCCUGGAGAUAUGGACCAGGCUAGUGCAGGGUACUGGGUUGGGACUGGUGAUCUGUAUGGUGAAUCCAAGCCUAGAUUUGAGGAUCAGGCCAGUGAAAAUGUGUCCUGGGCUGGGGCUGAUGGCCAGUCCAGAGGAGGGUCUAGGCUGGGGCCUGAGGACCAGUCUGGUAAAAAGUCCUGGUCUGACACUGCAGACCAAGUCACUGGAGGUUCCAGGCUGAGGCCUGUGGACCAGUCUAGUGGUGGGUCCUGGGCUAGGGCUGGGGAACAGGCCAACAAAGGUUCUAGGCCAGGGUUAGUGGACCAGUCCAGUGUUGGGUCCUGGGCUAGCACCGGGAAUCAGGCCAGUGGAGGAGUCUGGGUUGGGACUAUGGAACAGUCCAGUAGGGGGUCCUGGGCUGGGACUGGUGAUCAGUCUGGUGGUGAGUCCAAGCCUAGAUUUGAGGAUCUGGCAAACGUAGAAGCAUCUUUGGCUAGGGCUGGUGGCCAGGCUGGUGGAGGGCCUAUGUUGGGGCCUGAGGACCAGUCCAGUGGAAGAUCCUGGGCUGACUCUAGGGACCAAGCCAAUGGAGGGAUCUGGGCUGUACCUGGGGAUCAGGCUGAUGGUGGGACAAAGCCUAGAUUUGAAGAGCAGGCAAGUGGAAGAGGGUCUUGGACUGAUAAUGAGGGCCAGGCUGGUGGAGGGCCUAAGCUAGGUCCCAAGGACCAGUCCAUUGGAGAAUCCCAUCCUGGCACUAGGGACCAGGCCAGUGAAGAAUGUAGGCUAGGGCCUGAGGAUCAGUCCAAUGGAUGGUACUGUGCUUGCAGUGAGAGUCAGGCCAAUGCAAGAGGAUCCUGGGGUGGGGCUGGUGGCCAGGCUGUUGGAGGAUCUAGACUAGGGCACAUGAACCCAUCCGGUGAUGGGUCCUGGGCUGAUAGUGGGAGUCAGGUCAGUGGAAGUUCUUGGGCUGGGGCUGGAGAUCAGGCUAGUAGCUGUCCCAAACCUGGAACUGAGGAUCAAGCCAGUGGUGGAGGGUUCUGGUUUGGUGCUGAGGACCAGGCUGUUGGAGGGUCUAAUCCAGGGCCUGCAAACCAGUCUAGUGGUGGGUCCUGGUCUGGCACUGGGAGUCAGGCCAGUGGAAGGUCCUGGGCUAGGGCUGGGGAUCAGGCUGAUAGCUGUUCUAAAUCUGGAUUUCAAGAUGCAGCCAGUGGAGAAGGCUCCCAGGCUGGCACUGGGGGUCAGGCUAGUGGAAAAACUUGGGCUGGGUCUAAGACUGGUAGCGAGGCCAGUAGAGGGUCUAGGCUGGGGCCUGAGAACCAGGCAAGUGGAGGGCCCUGGGCUAGGACUGGUGAUCACCAGGCCAGGGUAAGACCCCAGAUCAGUGCUGACAUGGAGGCCAAUGAAAGAUCCUGGUUUGGGACUGGGAGUGAGACUAGUACAGAGUCCUGGUUCAGGAGAGGGGAAGAGGCUGGGAUUGUGUCCAAACCUGGAGGUAAAAAUGAGGCCAGUAUUGAAUCCAGAUCAGGGGCUGAAGAAAAGGUCAUCAUUAGUUCCAGAUUUGGGGCUGAGAAUAAGGUCAAUAUUGGGUCCUGGAUCAGAUCUGAAGAGGCGGCCUGUAUGGAUUCCUGUGUGGGGGCUGGGGCUGAGGCUGGGGCUGGGACAGAGGUCAGGAAGGAGUCUUGGCUCUGGGAUGGAGAUGCAGCCACUACAGGGUCUAGGCUUGGGGCUGAGGAAGAGCCUUGCAUGGGGUCCUGGACUGUGGAUGAGGAUGUAGAUGAGGAUGAGCUAAGUAGAGCAUCCAGCCCUGAUAUUGAGGAAAUCAGUUUAAGGUCCUUGUUUUGGGCUGAGAGUGAGAAGAGUAAUGAGUACAGAUCCAAGAGGGAGAGGAAUGUCAGUUUUGAGUGUGGAGCUGGAGAUAAGGUCAGCACCAAGAAUAAGCUUGAGGCACCAACUACUGGUGGAGUUGAUGAAAGGUCUUGGUUCUGGAAUGGUAAUGAAAACAGAAGUGAGGGCAAAUCUGCACCUAAGACUAAAGCCAAAAAGUCAGCCGAGUCAAGAGGCACAUACCCAUCCAUGGUCCCUGGGGCGGGAAUGGGGUCAUGGGCAGGAGCCAUGAUCUGGACAGAAAUGAAAUUUCCACACCCAGAUGAGCCCUGCUUCCCACCUGAAGAUGAGCUCAGAAAGCAGAUGAGGUGUGAGGAGAAAACUCAGCCCUGUACUUGUCGCUGUAAACGUGAAGCUAAUAUGGAUCCACGAGAGCUUGAAAAACUCAUUUGCAUGAUUGAGAUGACUGAAGAUCCUUCUAUUCAUGAAAUAGCCAAUAAUGCACUUUAUAACAGUCCCGAAUAUCCAUUUUCCCAUGAAGUUAUUCGUAAUGCAGGUAGAAUCUCAAUUAUUGAAAGCUUGCUCAAUAAUCCCUAUCCCAGUGUCAGGCAGAAGGCUUUAAAUGCACUGAAUAACAUCUCAGUGGCUGCAGAAAAUCAUAGGAAGGUAAAGACAUACUUAAACCAAGUAUGUGAAGACACGGUCACCUAUCCCUUGAAUUCAAAUGUACAGCUAGCUGGACUAAGACUGAUAAAACAUUUGACUAUUAUUAGUGAGUAUCAGCAUAUGGUUACAAAUUAUAUUUCAGAAUUUCUUCGUUUGUUAACUGUGGGAAGUGGAGAAACUAAAGACCAUAUUUUGGGAAUGCUUUUGAAUUUCUCUAAAAAUCCAUCCAUGACAAAAGAUUUGCUCAUUGCCAAUGCACCCACAUCACUGAUUAAUAUCUUUAACAAGAAAGAAACAAAAGAGAAUAUUCUUAAUGCUCUUUCACUAUUUGAAAAUAUAAAUUACCACUUUAAAAGAAGAGCAAAAGUAUUUACCCAGGACAAGUUCAGUAAAAAUUCCCUUUAUUUCAUAUUCCAAAGACCUAAAGCAUGUGCCAAGAAACUUCGAGUCCUAGCAGCAGAAUACAGUGACCCUGAGGUGAGAGAAAGAGUUGAGCUAUUAUUAAGUAAACUCUGAUUAGUUGUAUGUUCCCAAACAAAUCUGAGUAAUAUUUCGGUUUUCCAGUCUGGAAGUAAUGCACAUCCUAAAUUGCAUUAUAACUUCGAAACUGAUGUUACUUGUGAUGGUCUAUAGCUGGAUCACUUUAUGAACAACAAACUAAUUCAAACUUGUUCUGAAAAUACAUGUGUUGAUUAUUACCUUGUCUGAAAUGAGAUAUUUUUAGUAUGCUUCAUGAGCAGAAACUGACCUGAUUCUUCAUUAGUAAGGUAAUUUUUGGUCCUUUGUGUGGACUUAUGUUUAUACAU